AUGGAGCUUCUCAAUAAUGACGAACAAAUGAAUUCUUUAUUGGACACAACAUCAUAUUUUGAACAGGCGUUUUCAAAUAUGAAUAUGCUUUCAUCCUUUGUAACUUCAACUACAAGCAAAGUUGCCGAGACGUUACCUGAAUUAGAAAAGGGGGCUUCUUCACUCACCAAAGACUUUGAAUCUAACUGCAUUGUUAACAACGAGAUGACGAACGAUUAUGCUUCUAGUUUUGAGUGGUUCACUCAGUUUGAUGAUGAGUUGACUCAAUUCAAGUUCAAUGUAAGCACAGAAAAUGGACAAUUAGAGCUACUGGAUCCAAACAAUAUACUGUCUAUACAAAGUUUCGAAUCUAACAAUUUACCAACAAUAGCAAAUCAGCAUGAAUCAAUUGAAACCCUAUCCACAAAGCCAAAUACUACUUCCCAUAAGAAAGCUAUGAGUUUGGCAUCGCCUUUGCAAAUGCCCGAUGAAGAGGCGUACGUCAUGCCCAGCUUAGUACCUAUACUGAUCCCAAGAAGAAAGUCAACUUCCACUAGCAGCAAACCCAAGCGCCGCUUGUCUCUUGCAUUAUCUACAAACAGAAAGUCAUUGAAUGCAAAACAUCACAAAGGUAGGGAUAUUUUCACUUAUAAUUUUAGCGAUAACAACAAUGCAGCACCACAUACGAAAUUCAAAAUCAACAAGCCAUCAACUGGAAAUUCACAAUUUUCGCGACCACCAUUAAAGCCAUCUGUCACGAUAGCAUCAAUUGACACUUUGGAUCGCAUUCGACAGUCUGCGUGUUUAGUAAAACCUGCAUCCAAAGCUGAGGAUCCAUCGCGAUACGCAUCGGCUUCUGUUUCUGUAUCGACAAUUAUCCAUGUUGGUAAUCCAUUUUAUAAGCCAUUUGAUAGCAAAUUAGAAAUCAAGGGGUACUCACGGACAACCACUGCAAUCAAAGGAAGCAAUAUAUUGGAAGACAGUUGA